AUGGCGGCGGAGGGGAGGAAGAAGGGCGUGCCGGCGCCGGGGUGGUGGCUAAUGCUGGUCGGCUCCCUCCGCCUCGCCUCCGUCUGGUUCGGCUUCUUCGACAUCUGGGCGCUCCGCGUCGCCGUUUUCUCCCAGACGGAGACAGCACAACCACAAUAUCUGAAUCACUGA